CACGACACUAGCUCUUCAGAUCUCUCGCAAAACUUCGACUUCUUCCAUUUUCGCACCCAGAACACCUGACAACAUAGUCCCUGCCACAGUCAAAAUGUCAACAUCAUUCCUCGGCUUUCCUCGCUUGCCUUUCGAGCUUCGACACUCCAUAUGGGAGGACUCGCUUCCAUCACCCAAAUCCCACCACACCAAACAUUACAUCAAAUGUCUAGCACACCUCAUCCUAUCACAGCCACGCGACACUUUCUUCGGUUACGGAGUACCUACCAAGUACGACGGUACAAUCAUCAACGACUUCAUGGGCAAGAAUCCAUCUCCUUACACAAAUCUCGCCGCUUGUGCAGAGUCAAGAGUUGUUGCUCUUAAGCACGUGAAGAAGCUACUGCAUCGUGAUAAAAGUUUGGGGUCAUGGCUGGCCAACCCGAAGUUUCCGUAUACCGAUCCGAAAUUGGUUGUUCGAAAGGAUGGGGAAAUGGUUUAUCGCUGCAGGAACAUUACAGAUGGAUUUGACUUGGAGAAGUAUGUCUUUUAG